GCCUCGUAUUACAAGGAAGCCUGAGCUAGACAGAGAUGAUGUCUUUUUUCCUCUUGAUUGAUGUUCCUUAUACAACAGCUUUCUGUGCCCCAUCCUCACACGUCCCUCUGUCAGCCGGAAAGCGUCCUGGCUUGGAGCCGUGGCUUGUUCUAGCAGUUUAGGGAGCAACCUCUGUUUGUUUUGUUUUGAUUUUGUUUGGUUUCAGCUGUUUGUUUGGUUGACUCCUUCUGACCCAGGAGCAACGGUUUGUUGUUUUCUUUAACGUCUUCGCUUGCAGCGUGGGGCCAGGUUCUGAUGUGAGUAUCCAGUAGGUUGAGGUCUUCUCCUCCCUGAACCGGUGUUGCAGAUGAUGGGGCCGCCGCGGUCAGGUGCAAAGAGUAGAAAAGAGGGGACCCUGGACUUCAUGUGGGGGAGGCGUGAAGUGAGCGCUUGAGUGAGAUUGCCUGUUACCUGAACUCUCUCUGCCAGCAGCUCUUCCUCACCUUCGGCUUCCAGAUCGGGUACAGACCAUGUUCCUCCUGCUGAUGUUGAGCCUGGGAAAGCAGCUUCAUCAGACAGCAGCUUUAUUCACAGUGACGGUCUCUCAGGAACUGUACACGGUAGAGUACGGCAGCAAUGUGACCCUGGAGUGUGAUUUUGACACUGAAGGUCAUGUGGAACUCAGAGACUUAAGGGCCAGUCUGCAGAAGGUGGAAAACAAUACAUCCUUGCACAGCGAAAGAGCCGUUUUGCUGGAGGAGCACCUGUCCCUGGGGAAGGCCUUAUUCCACAUCCCUCGGGUGCAAAUGAGCGAUGCAGGGCAGUAUCGCUGCCUGAUCAUCUACCAGCUCGCCGGCGACUACAAGUACCUGACUCUGAAAGUCAAAGCUUCCUACAAGAAAAUUAACACUCAGACCCUUAAGAUCCCAGGGGUAGAUGAGCUAGAGCUCACCUGCCAGGCAGAAGGUUACCCCCUGGCAGAAGUCUCCUGGCCGAACAUCAGCGUCCCUGCCAAUACCAGCCACACCAAGACCUCUGAAGGCCUCUACCGGGUCACCAGUGUCCUGCGGCUGAAGCCACACCCCGGCAGAAACCUCAGCUGUGUGUUCUGGAAUGCUGACGUGGAAGAACUCACUUCAGCCAUCGUAGACCCUCAUGGUGAUCUAGAUCCCAAGAUCCCUUCAAAUUGGCUGCUUCCUGUUGUCAUCCUUUCCUUCAUCAUUGCUUUGAUUUUCAUCACUAUGACGACAGCCCUAAGGAAACCACUCUUCAAAAAACUUUAUUUUAGAAAAGACACAACCAAGAAAUCGGCCGCCACGAUAAGGAGGGAAGUGAUCAGAGCCAUUUGAACCCGUGUUUUGAGGAGCUGGGGUGACCUGAUGAGACAUCCUCGAGAAGGUUCUGGACUCUGGACAAGAAUCCACUGGCCUGCAGAGCUCAUUGUUUGCAGUCAUCCAAUGCCUUUGUAGCUCCAGCACUGAAGUGGAGACUGCAGAGACCCGGCCCGAGCUGUGCUCAGAGCCAGUCAGGCAGCCCGCCCCCCCACAUCCAGGCACUCACCUCUGCAGCCUCUGACCCUAAGCAAGCACUGUUGCACUUUAGAAAAUGACCACCCUGGACCCUAGACCCCAGUAAGUGCUCUGAGGCUCGUUCUUGCUGCCAGACUGAACACAGGCACUAUCCCCCUCCUAAGUUUCCAAAGGGAUUUCCAAAAGCAGAGAUGAGUGGAAAUAGAUGAAUUGCCAAUAGAGUUAUUUUUAUCCAUGGUUUCCUCUGGGUAUGUUGGAAAAGCCUUUUGAGGCCAUUAGAUGGAGCGUUCUACACAGCCAACCCAUAACUGACCAGUUACAUGGCUUACGGAAUCCUGGCCGCAUGUGAGCUGUUUAAUUAACAGAAAGCAUUUAAGUACACAGUGGGCGACCGUGAAUCGUGGAGCAAAGCCGUCGAGUGUUUUUGCGAGGUCUGAAUCACAAAGCACUUGUUUUAACCUGUAAUGGUGUCAUGUUGGAUGGUUUUUUUUAAACUACAUCUUCCCUUUUAAAAAAUUCUGUUUUCUUAACCUCAGAAACCAAUGGCAUACAUUAGAAAAAUUUAGCACGCUGGUAUGGUACAUCUGCGAAGAUUUCAGAUGAGUAUCCAUAAUGGUCAAAGUCCCAGAGGAAGGCUCCUUUUCCAGUCUUCUCUGUGACUUUAAACUUAACCCUUCAGUGACUCGGUUCCAUGUCUGUGACACAGGGACGCUCCCUGGGCAAAGCUGCUGAUGGUGGGCCCUGUAGAAACGCUGUGGAGUCCCCUCCCGUGCGUGUCGAGGCUACCCGCGUGCAGCAACAGCGGACUAAUCAUGUGCGCUCUGGCCUGCCUACCGGUCGCUAAGCGUGCGUUACUCAGAGCAGAGUCUUAGGUUGGCGGGGUGUCUUUCUCAGUUUUGAAUCAUGAGAAUUUAAGCACACGUUACAUCUUCUCCUUUGACUCUAAGCUCCUGGAGGGCAAGGAGGGAGGAGGGAUUUGUCGGUCCUGCAGCCUAUUGCAUGGAGCAGAUGCCUCAUGCAUGCCUGGCUCUGAGCCUCAUCAUAAUAUUGAAGAGAAUGGCGACAUGUAGCAUUCUUACUUUUUAUGACAUUACUGUGAUUGGCUAAAAAGUAUAUAAAGGCAACAAAAGAGCCAGAUGAACACUAAGUCUUUUAAAAAAAAAAAAGUACCUUUUACAAAGGGAGCAAAAAUAGCAUUCAGGAGAAUUUGAGGAAUUGAGAAAUGCCAGACAAACAAAAAUCACCUAUGACCUUAUCAUCUCAGCACGAGUAUUUUCAUUUCUCAAUGCUGUAGUGAAUGCUGUCCCUCAGGCCCUUUCAAGGGAGGAAAGACGCACAGGUUACAAAUUACCCCGUGAUUCCUACCUCCUUGAGUCUUUAGGACCCUCUCUGUCCAUUAUUCCGUAGAAAUUCUAUCAACUCGUGUCAUUGUUGUGCAUGGGCGUCAGCCAACCAGCUUCAUCGGCCCAAACCAAUACGUUUGUUUCCGCUUGCUUCACCUGUAUAACAAAAUCUGUGGCUUGUGUUUAUCAUUUAUGGGUUUAUGAUUUUGCAGGUUUUGUAGGUUCGUGCAUUUGCGGUCAGCUGACAGAUUGUCGGGGGGAUGCUGGUCUCCGGUGGCCUGGCUCACAUACCUGUCUUGGAGUUGGUGCUGGCUGUCAGUGGGGCCAUGUGUCUUCUGGUUUGUCUGUGAUCUUUUCAACAUGGAAGUGGGUCCAAAGUGAGCAAAGAGAGGGCAGAGCCCAACAUGCAGGUGUUUCCAUCUGCAUCAUGUUUGCUAACGUCUCAUUGGCCAAAGCAAGUCAAAUAGCUAGGCCAAAAUCAGUGUGGAAGGAAUUACAUGAGGGCCUGAUAAACAAAACGGCGUGGCUCCCUGGGGCUAUUGCUGUACCGAUCUACCGUAGCAUUAAGUUCGAAACCUAUGGAAAGUGGAUUCUGUCAGGGCCCAACCCGAUGUUGUAUUCUGUUCUCCUCGAUCUGAUACCCUUAGAAUCCAUCUCCAGGUAUUUUAGGUUUCCUCUAGCCUGAAUUUAACAAAACCUUCUGAUUCUUUACUCCAAGUAAACCCUUUUCCUCCAGAGCCAGA